AUGCCACAAGCUAGGCACAGGAACUGUGUCAUGCACAUGUGGAAGAACUUCAUUAAUAGGUUCAAGGACUUAUACAUAAAAGAGGUUGUCUGGGAGUAUGCCAGAUGCACAACAGUUGCGAAAUUCAAGAACUGUAUGGAAAGGCUGAAGGCAGUGAACCAGAGGGCUUGGGAGUACCUCUCCAAGUUUGAGCAAGAGACAUGGGUCAAGGCAUAUUUCUCGCAUGGGCCGAAGGUUGAUAACCUCACUAACAACAUGUGUGAGAUGUUCAACGCCAAAAUUAUUAACUACCGCAGCAAGCCAAUCCUCACUAUGUGUGAAGAAAUCAGGUGUUACCUGAUGAGGAGGAUGGUAAAUCACAAGCGAGUAUUGGAAAAUCACCCAGGUAAACUAGCACCUGUACUGCAAAAAAGGAUGGACAUAUUAGUAACUCCUAGCACAAAGUGGACGGCAGAGUGGGUUGGAGAUAAUGAAAGAAAAAGGUUUGAGGUGAGCCGAAAAGGAAGCAAGGUUGAUGUGGACCUCAUUAAAUACACCUGCUCCUGCAAUCGAUGGCAACUUACUGGGAUGCUAUGCACACUUGCACUUGCUGCUAUUGGGAAGAGGCAUGACAAGGCAGAAGAUUAUGUUCUAAGUGCAGCCGCACCAAAUCCUGCAAAUGUUGCACCAGCUCCAACCAGGGUUACUAGAUCCACACUUGUUAUAGCACCUCCAGGAGCAACAGUCACUCCAUUCAGGCCACCAGCCCCAACUACAACCCCUCCAUGUAAAGCUCCAGGCAAGGCUCCAUCAAUGGUUAACAACACUUCUCGCCCAAAACCAUCAAAAUGCAUACCAAAGCAGAAGAUUUUUAGGCCAUCGGCACCACUGGUUCAAGGACAGUCUAGCACACCGCUGGUAGCACCAGCUCAUCAGGAAGUCCCCCAAAGAACAACACCAAGUGACCCAACAUCUAGGGAAUCAACAUGA